AUGCUCGAAGAUUCACAACAACAAACACGUGUCGAUCAACAAAGAUUGCCAUACUUUGAAACACCGAUCGGAACAUUUUAUCAAGUGGGAUAUUCUAUUGGAGAACACUUCAAGAGCAGAAUUCAUGAAUAUUUACAUCGAUCGGAUUUACCCUUUCAGUCCACAUUUUUACCUUUUAUCAAAGAGAAUUCAAAUUGUUUAGAACCUUGGAUUCAAACGACUAGUGAACUCUUUCCAAAUUAUAUGGACGAAAUUCGAGGAUUAGCUGAUGGGUCUCAAACUUCUUUUGAGUGGAUAUUUGCUUUAAAUAUGCUCAACGAGUUGCGUAGUAAAAUUCAAAAACAUCAUCAAGAUUUGGAAGAGAAAUCAAAAAGCGCUAUCCAAGUACCAAAAGUAGGAGGCUGUUCUGAAGUAUUUGUAUUAAGUGACAGUUUAUUCAAGGGAGAAAAAGCAAUAGUGGCACACAAUGAAGAUGCUGACAAGAGUAUGGGAGAAUAUGCAUAUAUUGUGAAAGCUCGAUAUUUAAAAAGUAACAAUGAAACGAACAAGACAAUUGUCGCCUAUCAUUAUCCAGGAACAUUAGCAGGCAACACAUUUGGAUGGAAUGCCCACUUGAUCUUUGGAACGAAUGGAAAAAGUCCUUUAAACGUUCUCACAGAGAAGGGCAUUCCUCGUUGCUUUAUCAAUAGAAGUGUCUAUGAGAGUGAAUCUAUCGAGGAAGCAUUUGAAACCCUCAAGAAAUAUGCAAUGCAGGGUGCUUCAGGUUUUUCGACGAAUAUUUCAACACGAUAUAAGGUCGAUAUUCAUGAAGAUUCUGUCAAGCCAAAACACAAAAGAAAUCAAGAACAACCUUAUCGAUUUUACAGAAUGUGUAACAUUGAAUUGGCUCCUCCUUUAGAAUCUAAUAUAUGCAUCUCAAUGUAUAAUGUUCCCAUUGGUGACGAAGAUGAUGACCACAAUCACUCACCCAUUCAUUAUGCUCACUUUAAUCACUACACUCAUUUGAAAGGAGUGAUGGAGGGUAAUGUACCAAGCUCAAGAAGAAGAUAUGAACGAUCUCUUUCUUUUAAGAAUAUAUGUGACGAGGAUGGAGUUCGUCAAUUCCUUGGCGACACCCAUGAUACUGAAUUUCCCAUUUUCAGAUGUCAACGAUUUCCAGAUAAGGGUAAGACAUUAGCAACUAUGAUUGCAAAUGUGGUAGAGAAGAAAAUAAGAAUUUAUGUUGGAAAUCCAAAAUUUGAACCACCUAUUUAUGAGAUUGAUUUGUAA